UUGAUUUCACCGAUUUCGAGCGCCCCUGAUCGGUGAGAUUGGUGAAGGCUCAUGGUAAGGUCAAGCUUCCGACUGAUGAUGACAUGGGGAACAGUGAAGUUGGGCAUAAUGCUCUUGGUGCCGGACGAAUUUUUGCUCAAGGUGCAAAAUUUGUUGAUAAUGCUCUUGGCUCUAGAAAAAUUUACGAAGACGAAGGUUUCAGUUACAUCAAAGAAUCUUUCGCAAAUAACACCUUGCACCUUAUUGGAUUGAUGAGUGAUGGGGGCGUGCACUCGCGCCUUGAUCAGUUACAGUUGCUGCUCAAAGGUGCUAGUGAACACGGUGCCAAAAGGAUACGUGUUCAUGUACUUACUAAUGGCCGUGAUGUUGUGGAUGGUUCAAGUGUUGGCUUUGCAGAGACACUUGAAAAGGAUCUUGCAGAGCUACGUGGGAAAGGCAUUGAUGCGCAGGUUGCAUUGGUGGAGGUCGCAUGUAUGUCACCAUGGAUCGUUAUGAGGUAA